AUGGCUACCCCGGCGAUUGCGGAACGAGGCUAUGGAUCCGACGAAACAUACAUCUAUGAGUACUCAAGAGGCCUGGGGGGAGUGGAUGUUCCUCGCGACGUGAUCAUCACUCGGAUCAUCUACUCUGGACUCAUCAUAUUAGCCCUGGUGAUGUUCGGUGGCCGAGUAGCCCAAAUCAGCCAUGCAUAUCUCCGCCAAAUCACCGCCGCCGGCGCAAAUAAGAAACAGCAGAACUUCUGGGCGCAGGAAGACUCCUGGUGGUGGCCUACUAUCAAGAAGCACUUCCUCUACGCUCCAUUGGGCAACAAGAGACACAACCGAGAGCUGCAGCUGUCCUCUGUCGUGAGUGUCGGCACGCUGCCCUCCAGACUACAGACCAUCUUGGUCUUCCUAUACUUCGCCAGCCAAGUCGCAUACUGCGUCAUCCUGGACUACAAAGUCAACCACAAGGCAGCGCUCGUGGCCGAGCUCCGCGGACGAUCGGGGACGCUGGCCGUCCUCAACAUGGUGCCUCUCUUCCUUCUCGCCGGCCGAAACAAUCCCUUAAUCUCCAUCCUGCAUAUCAGCUUCGACACCUACAACCUCCUCCACCGCUGGCUGGGCCGGAUGGUCGUGAUCGAAUCCGUAGUCCACACAGCCGCAUGGGCCGUCAACGCCGUGGACGAGCAAGACUUCGCUCAUAUGAUGCUCCGACUCCAAACAACCCCCUUCUUCACCUGGGGCCUGGUGGGGACCGUCGCAAUGAUCUUCCUCUUCUUGCACUCUCCCUCUCCAGUCCGGCACGCCUUCUACGAGACCUUCCUGCACCUGCACCAACUCGCAGCCCUAACCGCCUACCUAGGCGUCUUCCUGCACCUGAAGCUGGACAACCUCCCCCAGCAAAGCUGGGCCAUUGCCAUCGCAGCCAUCUGGAUCCUAGACCGCACAACCCGUCUCAUCCGCCUGCUCCACCUCAACGUCUCAACAGGCGGCACAACAAGAAUGACCGUGCAAGCCCUCCCAGGCGAAGCCUGCCGGGUAACAUUCCACCUCCCCAAACGCGUCCCCAUCAACCCAGGCUGCCACGUCUUCGUCUACAUCCCCAAAAUCUCCUGGUGGAUGUCCCACCCCUUCUCCAUAGCCUGGGCCGAAGACACCUCCACGCCUCAAAUCCAAUCCUCCAAAUACGCCGACCUCGAAAAACAAAUAACCCUCCCAUCAGCCACCAAGUCCCAAAUCUCCCUCAUCAUCGGCGCCCAGAAAGGCAUGACCCGUCGUCUCUUCAAUCUCGCCAACGCCUCUCCUUCAAAAUCAAUCUCCCUCCCAGGCUUCAUCGAAGGCCCCUACGGCUCCCACCCCACCAACCCCUCCAGCUACGGCACCGCAGUCCUCUUCUCUGCCGGCGCAGGAAUAACACACCACCUGCUCUACACGCGCCAGCUAGUCCAAGCAGCCGCAGAAGGAACAGCAGCCACCCGCCGCGUCUACCUCGUCUGGUCCGUCCGAUCAACAGACCACCUCUCAUGGGUGAGCAAGUUCAUGGACCAGAUCCUGCGUUUACCAGGUCGUCGUGACGUCCUGACCGUCAAGCUAUUCGUGUCGAAGCCGCGCAAGGCCACCGAUAUCGUGAGUCCGUCUGCGUCUGUAACAAUGCAGGCGGGUCGAUGUCGGCCGGAUGUGGUGCUUGAUGAGAUUCUGCCUGGUCGUGUUGGCGCGACGCUGGUGAGUGUUUGUGGGCCUGGGGCUUUUGCGGAUGAGGUGAGAGAUGCGGCGAGAAGGAGGAUUGGACAGGGUGCUGUGGUGGAUUUUGCCGAGGAGGCUUUUACUUGGUGA